GGAUUCGGUUCCUCUUUGCUUGUGGCCUGAUUGUCACUUCUGUGUAGAGACAUCACCUAUUUUUCUUUUUCCGCCCUGUGCGUGAUUCAGCUCACACUGCAAAUGAGCGCACGUCUCAGCUUGUGCGAGGCUCAUCAUCAGCAGGAGCAGCAGGAGAAAGAGAGGAGGACCUUUUAAGGAGCAGCAGCAGCAGCAGCGGAGGAGAAAGUGGGUUAAAGUGGCUGCUGCGCACAGGAGAGUGUGAUUUCCUCCUUUUCUCUCUCUCCUCCUGCUUUAUUAAGUUCAGAGGAAGUCAUGACUUCGGUUUGGAAGAGACUUCAGCGAGUUGGUAAAAAGGCGUCAAAGUUUCAGUUCGUCGCUUCUUACCAGGAACUGGUGUUGGAGUGCAACAAGAAAUGGCAACCGGACAAGCUGAGGGUGGUGUGGACCAGGAGGAACAGACGCAUGUGUUCCAAGCUCCACAGCUGGACGCCUGGAAUCAAGAACCCCUACAGGGGCACGGUGGUGUGGCCGGUCCCAGAGAACAUCGACAUCUCUGUGACACUCUUCAAAGAGGCCAAUGCUGAUGAGUUUGAGGACAAAGAGUGGACCUUUGUCAUUGAAGGUGAGAGCAAGGGGCAUCGUAAGGUGCUGGCGUCGGCCGACAUCAACCUGAAGCGGUUUGCCAGUCCCACGCCGACGCAGAUCGACCUGACGCUGAAGCUGAAGCCGCUGUCCGUCAAAGUGGUGGAGGCCACGCUCAAGCUCUCGCUGUCGUGUGUCUUUGUUCGUGAGGGGAAAGCCACUGAUGAAGACAUGCAGAGUCUGGCCAGCCUGAUGAGCGUGAAACCCUUAGACAUCGGUAACAUGGACGACUUCAAUGAGAGCGAUGAAGACGAGGACAGGAAGUCCGUCACUGCGUCAGUUCCACACACUCUCACCCGUCCAAAUCGCCCCGCUCCCCCUCCACCUGACAAGCGUCACUCCACCGGAGCUUCUCUUCCAUCCUCAGGCUUAACGUUCCCCCUCGCUCAAGCAGACAAGGAAACGACUCGGAGCCCUCUAAGCCGAAAGGAAGAGGCGGCUAACAUCAGGAUAUCCAACCAGCAAAUCAGACCAGACCAGGACUCGAGGGCGGCCGUCACAGAAAACAAGGCUGAGCCAGGAAGGAUCAGUUUCGAACAAAAAGCAAAAGAAAAGACCUUUGGAGAAAAGACAGAGCAGUUAGAGGGAGCAGCGGCGCAGAGGGAGGAGAAGAUGAGGGCCGAACAGAGCGAAAAAGAAAAACAAGAGGAGGAACGGAGGAGGAAGGAGGAAGAGGAAAGAGCAGUGCUCCUGAAACAGGGGCAGGAGGAGUGGGCAAAACAUGAGGAAGAGAGAAAGAGACUUUUAGAGGAGGAGAAGAAGAGGCUGUUGCAAGAGGAGAAGGAGGUGAAAAAAGAGAGGGAAAGGAGGAAACGCGAGGAGGAGAGACUCCUGAAGGGGAAGAAAGACAAACAGGAAAAUCAGCUGAGAGAGGAAGAGGAGAAAAGAAAGCGGGAGGAAGAGGAGAGGAAGAAAAGAGAGCAGGAGAGGAGACUCCUGAAGGCAGAGGAGGAAAAGGAAAAACUUCAUAGGGAGGAGGAGAGGAGAAGUGAGAGAGAGAGAUUCCUGAGGAAGAUGAAGGAGGAGGAGGAGAAGAGGAUGGAAGAGAGGAGAGUGCUUGAGGAGCAAUGGAGGAAGAGGGAGGAAGAGAAAAAGAAGCUCCUGGAGGAAGAGGAGAGGAGGAAACUGGAGGAGAAACGUCUGAACGCAGAGCAACAGAAAAUUAAGGAGGAGGAGGAGAAAGUCAGAGAAACAGAGGAGAGAGGAAGGAGAGAAAUGGAAGAAAAAGAGAGACUUCUCAAGGAGGAGAAAGAGAAAGAGAAACUCCUUCAGGAGGAGAAAAUGAGGAGGGAUACAAAGAAAAAAGAAGAGGAGGAAAGGCAGAAAAGAGAAGAAGAGAAAAGACAUGAAGAGGAGGAGGUGAAGAGGAGGAAAGAAAGACUGUUGAAGGAGCAGAGAGAAAAGGAAAGGGUGCAAAAAGAGGAAGAGGAGAGGAGGAGGAAGGAAGAGGAGGAGAAGAAAGUCAAAGAAGCAGUGGAGAGACGAAAGAGGGAAUUAGAGGAGACACUCUUAAAGAAUGAGAAAGAAAUGAUGGAGAGGAAGAAAAAAGAAGAGGAGGAAAGGCGGAAAAGGCAUGAAGAGGAGGAGGAAAGGAGGAAAGAAAGUUUCUUAAAAGAGCAAAGAGAAAGGAUGCAAAAAGAGGAGGAGGAGAUGAGGAGGAUGGCAGAGGAGGAGAAGAAAUUCAAAGAAUCAGAGGAGAGCAGAAAGAGGGAAGUUGAAGAAAAGGAGAGAAUUCUCAGAGAAAAGGAGAAGGAGAAGAAAGAGAAGGAGAGACUCUUAAAGGUGGAGAGAGAAAGGAUGGAGAAAACUAAAAAAGAAGAGGAGGAAAGGCAGAAAAGACAAGAGGAGAAAAGACGUGAAGAGGAGGAGGAGAAGAGGAGGAAAGAACAACUCUUAACGGAGCAGAGAGAGAAGGAAAGGAUGCAAAAAGUUGAAGAAGAGAGGAGGAAGAUGGAAGAGAAGGAGAAGAAAGUCAAAGAAGCAGAGGAGAGAAGAAGGAGGAAAGUGGAAGAAAAGGAGAGACUUCUUGGAAAGGCUCUAAUCUUCAGUCCAGACGCCAACAGAUCAGACGAGGACAAGCAGAAGAUGAGAACUCUGGUUUCCUCUUCAUCUCCUCCUUUAUCAGUCUCUCAGUUAAACACACACCUCACACCCACACCUCCUCCUGGUCUCCCUCUUCCUGCUCCCUCCCUCCCUCCUCAGAACAAAACCACUGCACUCCAGGGCUCUGCCUCCAUUAACAGCACAGAUCGCUCAAACAGACAAGAUGCUGCUGAGGUGGACGCCCCUGUCACUCAGGAGGCCCAGCCAAUCACAGCCAAAGACUCAGAACCACCUCACGUAGAACCACCUCCUGCACGACCUGGAGCACCAUCAGUUACAGAGGAGCCCAAAGAGCCAGAGGGACCCUACAUGAAACCAACAACCUCUCUCGAGGUUUCCCCCAAACCAGGCGGCGAGCGCACAGCCUUGGCGCUGGAGCAACUGCUACCCUCAAAGCCAGAACCAGGAUUGAGGCCGGAACCGGUCCUCCAGUCGUCGGGUAAACCACAAGAUGAGGAGAAGCCAGCAGGCAGCUCUGCUGGUGGUGAGGAGAGUUUGGUCGACAAUAAGGAGCCAGUGUGCUCUGCGGAGAAGCAGCUGUGGGCAGCUGUGGAGGAGACCACAGCGGAGACAGGAGGAGACAAAGCGAUGGAAAGCAGUGAGAGCGCUGAAGAGAAGGAUGAGCAGGAGAAGAGGGAGGAAGGUGUAACAGGGGGAGACACGUCCAGCACAGACACACACAACCCUCCUGCCCAUUACUGUGAGAUGCAGACAUCUUGGCUUCCUACAUUACAAGAAGAGGAAACCGCUGAUAUCGAAACCCCUGAUCCAGUUUCCACAGUCAGACAGGAGGCCGAUGGGAAGGACGACUCCGCUGAGGAGCUGGUGAACUCCAGCCAGUCGCUGCUGCAGUGGUGUCAGGACAUCACCAGCCAGUACCGGGGGGUGAAGGUCACAAACUUCAGCACGUCCUGGAGGAACGGCCUGGCCUUCUGUGCCCUCCUGCAUCACUUCCACCCAGACAAAAUAGAUUUUGACCAGUUGAAGCCACAUGACAUCAAGCUCAACAGCAAAAAGGCGUUUGACGGUUUCGAGGCGCUGGGCAUCUCGCGGCUGCUGGAGCCGUCCGACAUGGUUCUCCUGGCCGUCCCCGACAGGCUCAUAGUCAUGACCUACCUCAGCCAGAUCCGCUCGCACUUCACCAACCAGGAGCUGAGCGUGCUGCAGAUCGAGCACAACAGCAGCCAGUCCAGCUACGGCCUCGCCCCCUCCGGCCCUGCCCCCACCAACGUCGACGCCGCCGCUUUCUGCAUGGCCAGACUGAACGAAGGAGUGAGUCUGGAGGAAGGGGGAAGCAGCACACUGGUCGUCCCGCCUCCGAGGACCAAACGACUGGUUAAAGGUGACGAGUCAAUAUCCCCUGUCGCACCCCCAAGAUCGAUCACCAAGACAGUCACAUCUGGAUUCACUCAGGAUGAAGACCCGAUGAAAAAUUAUUCAAAAGAAAACACGAAGAAAACAGAGCUGCAAACAGCCACAGGGACAGAUCCUCCAAAGCAAGACGCUGAAACAAUGUGUCUGCAGGACACCAGUCAGUAUGUGCGGAGUGAGCUGGCAGCGUUAGAGACGGAGCAAAGGCACAUCGACAGCAGAGCCGCUGUGGUGGAGCGACGACUGCGGAGCCUCAUGGAAACAGGAAGUGACCGUGAUGAAGAGGAGAGGCUGAUCCAGGAGUGGUUCAUGCUGGUGAACAAGAAGAACGCUCUGAUACGCAGACAGGACAACCUGGAGCUACUGCAAGAGGAGCAGGAUCUGGAGCGGAGGUUUGAGCUUCUCAACAGAGAACUGCGGGUCAUGAUGGCUAUAGAAGAAUGGCAGAAGUCGUCCACUCAGCAGCAGAGGGAGCAGCUGCUCCUCCAAGAGCUUGUGUCUCUGGUCAACCAGCGGGACGAGAUCAUCAGAGACAUCGACGCCAAGGAGAGAGGGGCAAUGGAGGAGGAUGAGCGGCUGGAGCGUGGUCUGGAGAUGAGGAGGAGAAAAUACAGCAACAAAGACAAAUGUGUCCUGCAGUGAGAAGACAGGACAAUCACAGCCAGCUUUUACUUCUGAGCCCCUGAAGUAGUGUGUUCAUAAUCGAAUUUGAGCAGAAUGGAAAACACUCCCUUUUUGAGUGCCUUGAUUUUCCUGAAGAGCUUCCAGAUUGGGGCUGAAAACGUUUUGUUUAUUCACUUUAAUUAUUUUCAGCCUGUCUUAGUGUAAUGAUAUUAUUUUGAUUCUAUUCACCUCUUUUUAUUUAUUUAAAUGAUGUGCCUUUAUUUUUAUUGUUGUACAUCUGUUGCACACGUGUUGUUUUUGUGUGUUUGUGUGUAUAUUCUGCUGUGUUCAUUCAGUAUUUAAACACUGGGUUUUCUGUUAUCAUGGCCACAACCUGUUCAAAUCAAAGCAGACAUGUGCCAAAUCCUUCAUGAUAAUCAGUUUACGGUUUCAUAUCAUAAAUGCACCUUCAAAAAAUCUGUUCCAUUUUUGCUAGUAUUAUCCGUUUCUGUUUUUCCACCAUGAGAAAUAUCUGCGGACACACCAAUUACAUUUCAGAUACAAACAUUGUAAGUGAGAAAUCCUGAGCUGGACUCAAACCCACAACGUUGUUUGUACAACAGCAGUGUGAUGCCAACUUCACAUUGUGAUAAAGUCUGAAAGCAUUUCCACUUAUUGCAAGAAUAGAAUCAUUCUUUUCAUUAGAAGUGAGAGGUUUAUAAAGUGUUUCUACACGUUAAAGAUGUCUUGUUUAAAUUAUUUAUUUUACACAUUCAGUGCCUUGAAUAAACCAGUGUGGUUGAACUGCUUUAUUCACAGAAAUGAACCCGUUCCUUCAUUUCUGUGUCGUUUUGACUACUGUGUGCCUGCUGUUUAGGAGUUGUGCUGAUAAAGUGGUACUUAAAGUGGCUUCACAUCCCCACUGUCUGCCCAUCACACUGUAUAUUUAUGUUGAUGAUGUUGAUAAUUAUGAUGAAAAAUAAAAAUAAACAUUGGUUGGUUGCUCA